AUGCCGCCGACCACGCACCUGCGCUCGCCCCCGGAUGAUCCCAAGGCGCAAUGGAUCAUCCAAAAGUACGGUGGCACCAGCGUCGGAAAGUUCCUCGAACGCAUCGCAUCAGAAAUCGUACCGGCCUACAUGGCCACCAACCACAAGGUCGCCAUCGUAUGCUCGGCCAGGUCAGGCCAGACAAAGGCGCUCGGCACCACCAACCUCCUCCUCCAGGCCGCCACCGAGGCCCUCUGCGGCGACGACGCGGCCACCCCCUCGGGCUCCUUGUCCAACUCGGUCGCAUCCCUCACCAACGGCACCCAGACCCCCAACCACCGCCCCGGAUCCGCAUUCGCGCGCAGACCAAGCUCGAGAGCUAGCUCCGCCAAGCCAGAGAGCCUGAGCGCAGUCGCGCUCGACAACAAGCUCGCGCAGCUCGAGCUCACCAAGGCGACGGCCUCGCCAGCCGCGCCGCCGGCCGAAAACGGCACCUCGUCCGACUCGUCCGACACCGAGGCCGUUGCUACCGCCGCCGCCCCCGCCGUCGGCUACAAUGCCACCGUCGACCGCAUCCUCUCCGACCACAUCGCGUCGGUGCGCAAGGCCGUCGCAAAGGACCUCGAGCUCAGGGAGCAGCUCGAGCGCGACAUUGUCGAGGACUGCGAGCGCCUGCGCGACUUUCUCAUGGCCGCCAAGAUCAUUGAAGAGAUCUCGCCGAGGUCCAAGGACGUCAUCAUUGGCGUCGGAGAGAAGCUCUCGUGCCGCAUCGCCGUCGGCGCGCUGCGCGACGCCGGCGUCGAGGCCGAGCUGGUGACGCUCGAAAACAUUGUCGAUCCGGCGCUCGUCGCCAACAUCGGCCAGGACAGCCAGGGCGAGUUUACGCUGGACCAGUCCUUUUACGACAGCCUCAGCGUCGCGCUGGGCGAGCGCCUCAAGGCGUGCAAGGGCGUGCCCGUGGUGACGGGCUACUUUGGCAACGUGCCCGGCUCCCUGCUGAGCCAGAUCGGCCGCGGCUACACCGACCUCUGCGCCGCCCUGUGCGCCGUCGGCGUGGGCGCCCAGGAGCUGCAGAUCUGGAAGGAGGUCGACGGCGUCUUUACCGCCGACCCGAGAAAGGUGCCCACGGCGCGCCUGAUCCCGUCCAUCACGCCCGAGGAGGCGGCCGAGCUGACCUACUACGGCAGCGAGGUCAUCCACCCGUUCACCAUGGAGCAGGCCAUCAAGAAGGCCAUCCCGAUCCGCAUCAAGAACGUCGAGAACCCGGGCGGAUCGGGCACCGUCAUCUUUCCGGACGUGCCCGAGGGCCAGGACGGCUCCAAGGACAAGCUCGUCGACGGCCACGUCGACCAGCCCCGGCCCCCGCUCACGCCGAGCGCCAGCAUCGCCAACUUUGGCGCGUGGGGCGCCGCGGGCAAGCACCUCGCCACCACGCCCGUCCACGGCGCCGAGCGCAAGCUGCCGACGGCCGUCACCAUCAAGGACGACGUGCUCGUCCUCAACGUCCACUCGAACCGCAAGACGGUCAGCCACGGCUUCUUUGCAAAGAUCUUUGGCACGCUCGACAAGUACGGCGUCGUCGUCGACCUCAUCUCGACGUCCGAGGUGCAUGUCUCGAUGGCCAUGGCCGCCGGCAUCCGCCCGCGCACCCUCGACAAGCUCAAGGCCGAGCUGCAAAAGGUCGGCACCGUCAGCGUCCUCCGCGACAUGGCCAUCCUCAGCCUCGUCGGCCGCCACAUGCGCAACAUGGUCGGCGUCGCCGGCAGAAUGUUUACCGUGCUGGCAGAGGGCAACGUCAACAUCGAAAUGAUCAGCCAGGGCGCCAGCGAGAUCAACAUCUCGUGCGUCCUCCACGAGAAGCUGGCCGUCAAGGCGCUCAACCUGAUCCACUAUUCGGUCCUCGAGGUCAGCCCCAAGCCCAGCAACACCGAGUCCGGCGCCUUUGGCCGGUCGUUUUUCUGA